AUGAAGCAAAAUAGUGCCGGUAUACCAUUACUUACAGCAAUGAUAGCUGUUGAGGAGAUGCUGACAAACUUUACGGUCUUGAUAAUUCUUUCAACGGUGUACAUUCCACUAUCGUUCGUUGCCGGUGUUUUCGGUAUGAAUAUAGCAGAACUCACUUCUGGAAUUGAUGUCGAUAUUUGGCUAUACCUUGCUAUCAGCAUACCUAUUACCAUAGUAUCAGCGGUUCUAGUAUGGAGAUGGGAAUGGAUGACAAGGAAAGUUAAAAGCUUUCGAAUCAAAUCUAAUAAUCACUUCAGUCCGAGAAAACCCGUUUCAGGAGCUCCUUUCUCCGAGGGUAAAAUGACGGCCGGGAUUGGAAAACCGAGAGAUGUUCAAAUUGGCCAUGAUUUGGAGAAAUAG